AUGACCGACCCAUUACCUGACGUUGUUGACGUUCAACACGAUGGAGAUACUGUUGGAUCAUCCAGUUCCCGUAAUGAUGAACAAGAUGUUCUUCUUCCAAGCGCCACAAUAAUAGCUACGCAAGCUUUUGUACGAAUAUCCAUAUUUGAAAGGGAAAAACCGGCAAGCACUGCUGAGAAAUUCAAGGAAGCGGCAGCUGAAGGAGCAGCAAGUAACGCCACAACAUCUGUACCACCUAUAACAGAAGAAUCUGAUGAAGAAGUGGAUGAUACCGACGUUGAGGAUAAGGACAUUGAGCUGGUAAUGACGCAGGCGAAUGUCAGUUGUCCAAAGGCUGUUAAAGCGCUGAAGAAUAACCAAAAUGAUAUAGUCAAUGCCAUCAUGGAACUGACAAUGUGA